GCUGCGAUGUGUCAACCGUGAUAAUUCUGAGCGGUUAUUUUGUUAUAACAAUAAUAUUUAAGUGUUCCCGGCAGAAAUGGGUUUAUCUCAGAGCUCAGAGGCAUCCGAGGGAGGGACGUAUGGAUACCAUGUCCACGGGGUGCAGCCAAAUUCUCCUGCAGAAGGUGCCGGACUGCAGCCCUUCUUUGACUUCAUUCUGUCUCUUGACUACAAAAGACUCAAUGAGGAAAACGACCUGUUAAAGGAGCUCCUGAAAGCUAACAUGGAGAAACCGGUGAAGAUGGAGGUGUACAGCACCAAGACCACAAGGGUCCGCGAGCUGGAGGUGGUGCCCAGCAACAUGUGGGGAGGUCAGGGUCUGCUGGGGGCCAGUGUUCGCUUCUGCAGCUACCAAGGAGCCAAUGAGAACGUUUGGCACGUGCUGGACGUGGAGCCCAGUUCGCCGGCUGCUCUGGCAGGACUUCAGCCUCACAGUGACUACAUUGUUGGAGCAGACCAGGUGUUGCAAGAUUCUGAAGACUUCUUCUCGCUGAUUGAAGCCCAUGAAGGGAAACCCCUGAAGCUGCUGGUGUACAACACACAAACAGAUGUCUGCAGAGAGGUGGUGGUGACACCCAACGGAGCGUGGGGAGGAGAGGGCAGUUUGGGUUGCGGCAUCGGUUAUGGCUACCUGCACCGAAUCCCUGCAAACCUGGAAGUAUCGCCCGUGAAGCCUCCCACCCCGGUCCCAGAGGAGGAACCUUCUCCAGAGCUGCCCACACAUGGAUACACGGAGACCCCUCUGAUGGCAGCUUCAAGCCAGAGUGAAGACUUGUUAGACCUGGAGCAGGUCACCCUGGAGGAGGCUCCGUUACCUCCACCCAUCCAGAGAGUCAUGGACCCCGGGUUUUCUGAUUCUGAAGUGGCAGCGAUGAGCCCCGAUCCUGCAGAUUUGGUGGACAGGCUGGAUCUGUCCAUGUCCUCCAUCGACAUGACCAACACGUCACUGGCUAUGCACGAAGAGAAGGACAGCGAAUUAUCUGGUGUUGAGGAGCUGGAGGACAGCGUCCUGCUCUCAUCAUCAGACCAGACUGAGCCACAAGAGCUGAGCUCCCUGGCAGCCCUGGACCUCACCUCGACCCUCGCUCCCACUGAGACUCUGUCUGAUUCAGGCGACCCACCAGCCGAACCAUCCGACCUGCUCGCCGAGUCCUCAGACCUGCAAAGCUUCCACAUUGAGUCUAGCAAUAGCCAAAGUCCACCUCCGGGUGACACGUCACUUCCUGUAGAGUCUCUUGACCCUCCAGCUGAAGACCUCCCCGACCCAUCUCCCAUUGAUCUCAUCCCAUCCCCAGCUGCUGACGAGUCGGCUGCAGAAUAUUCUCUCCCUCAAGCCGUCGAGGAGGCUCAGGGGUCGGCGGAGGAGUCGGCAGAGCCUGUAGAGGAGGCUCACCAGUGUGACCACGAUGAAGAAGAUCCAGAGGAGGAAGUGCAGGAUUCACAUUUUGAGUAAGCUUGCAUCAGGCCAUUCAGGAAGUACAACAAGUGAAGCUGACAAUCACUACAUAGGCGAGACGGGAGGGAAGACGUGCUCCGUCUCACGUUAUCUUGCAUUAUCAGACUAGUUACACUACAGGGACUAGUUACAGCGUUGACAUGGAAGAAGAAAAACACUUCCAGGCGGCGCUGUAGUAACAUCUGGUUCACUUUACAUGCGAGAAUUCACAGUUACUGAUUAAUCGUGAGCCAAAAAGGUCAUCAUGUUCUUGCUAAAUUAGAUUUUACGGGUAAUUACAGGUUGUUUCUGGUACACUAAUGUGAUACAUACUUGAACACUUCCAAAGAUAAAUACUUUAAUUUGCACCUUCGUACCCAGAACACUACCAGAGGUUUUGAAACUACUCGGCUGUUGGCAGUUUAAAGCUGUCACGGUCGUCGCAGCGGUGCAGUUUUACGUCAUUAUUUAAACGAUAAUUACUCCAUUAAUUAUGAAACGCAGGGCACUUUUACAGUCGUUUAUAUCCCCUGCAUUGGAUUUUUAAAGGGCUUUUUUUUUGUGGAAUGAGGGAAACGUUUGUCCACUUGUGCUGAGUUUAAAAGGUCUUUUUACACCAGAUUUGUCGAGCAUGUUUUAAACACUGUUUUUAUUUAGACCGUGAUCCUUUUACUGCUGUAUGGUUAGAUUUACAUCCCCGUGUCUCCUCACCAUGAUCUUCCCCUUUGUAAUUUCUGUGAUCUAUGCAACACUAGCCGCUCGCGAGCCGAUAGUGAUGUGAAUCCAAUAGAGGAGAAGCGUUGGGUAACAUAGCGAGACUCUGGCUGAGUAGCGGUCGUUCUUUCUAGGGGGUGUCUUUAAUGUUUUUUUUAUCGUCAACGUAGGUGCUCGUGUGUAAAAAAUAAUGAAAAGUAUUUUUGCAGAUAUUUUAUCAAUGGAUUGUAUGUUUUAUUAGGAAUGAGUGCAGAGUCUUUUGAUGAAUGUGAAAUGGGUGAAUCUUCGAUGGUUAAACAAUCACUUGACUUUAAAAAAAAAAACCAAAAAAAAGACUCGUCCCUUGUUUUUCUUAUUCCACACUCAUCAGCUGAACACGUUUACAACAUCCACGUAUGAUCCCCGUAAAUCUGUCUCUGUUAAACCAUUCCAAUUUAUUUCUUUUAAUGCCUAAAAUAUACAUAUUUCACAAAUUAUUACAACAAGGGAUAUUGCAGAGUUAUGGCCUAAUUAUCCUGCUUUUGGCCAAUUAGUGCUCACUCGAUGCCUCCCCUCCCCCUCCCCCUCCCCACUAUGGCGUUACACACACUCGGCAUGGCAAAAAAAAUAAAAAAAUCAACUCCAGAGAAUUUACAAUGAAAAGAUGUUUUGUUCUGCUGCUUGGUGGCACACCAAGAGAGAAAUAGAUGUUAGCGUUUAUUUCACUUUGGUGAGUUUCCCACAGUGGUUGAAUGUUCAUAUAUUCUCCCCUUCAAGUUAUACUGAACUUCCUAUUGAAUCUAAAUGAAAUAUACAUUAGGAACAGCCCUCACUGUCAUCAAAGUCACUGCUCAUGAGCCAAACACAGAGCAUGUAAGCAUGAGUUAUUGUUAAAGAUAUAUACCUUAUAUAUAAUUUUCCCCCGAUUGCUAAGAUGACUUGGACGACUACUAACAUUUUUCAGACUAAACUGCGACUUCUGGGUUGCAGUGAAUACGACAAAAUGCAAAUUUUUAUAACAUCCGAGUCAAAUAACCUCCAUGGACCAUGAAUGUGCUCUAGGUAGGGAUUUGGAAAAAUAACUGUUGGUUGUUGUUUUUUUUAAGUAAACUGUACAAGAACAAAAUAAAACUGCUGCAAAGUCAUUUAAAUCAAAAAAAAAUGAAAAAAAAGUUGUACACGUAUUUACAAAAAAAAUUUAAACAUUCAUUCCAUUGAGAACAGCACAGCUAAAAAAUGAAAGACAAAUACAAGUGCUUCUGUCGACGAGGUUCAAGCUCUGCGAUAAUUAGAUGUUCAAGUUAAGAUGUGGACAACAGAACGGACGAGGGUUUCGAUUUGAGGGGCCUGUGACGCUACCCGGAAGAGACCAAGUGUGCUCCUACGAGACAGGUGCAGAGUGUUUGUAGAGCGAGGACAGUUUCUGGAAUGUACUAGAACAAACAGUCUACUACAUCCAUGUGCACACACACACACUCAGACACAAACACGAACUUCAGUCGCUUCAAAAUAAAAUGCCAAUCAAGAGGGGAGGGAAGAAAAAAUAAACAGCAGUCAAAGAUCUUUAAAAAAAAAAAAAAAAAAGUGGAGACCUGGAGGAAACAGAGUCCGUUCUUGAAACUGUAAAAAAA